AUGGCUGAUAACCGAUCCGAGCGGACGGGCUCUUUCGCCUCGUCUUCCACCGACGCUGCCACUCUGCACGAGCUGACCAAGUUGGAUCCGAUGGAGGACAGCCUGCAGAACCUCAAGUCGCGGGUCGAUGAAGAAGUGGGCGCUGAGGAAGACGAGAAGCUCCUGCCUGCUCUCACUGUGAAUGAAAAGGAAGAACCCCCGAAGGCCAGCCUCGCCUCAGCCAUUGUCUGGAUGACAGUCAACACCCUAGCGACUAUCGGAAUUGUAUUCACGAACAAGGCCAUCUUCUCUGAUCCUCAGUGGAAACUGUGCCAGCUCACGUUCGCCAGCUUCCACUUCUUAGUGACGUUUCUCACGCUGCAUAUCCUGUCGCGGCCGACCUUUGCCUAUUUCACGCCACGCCGCGCCGCCAUCAAGGACCUGCUGCCGCUGUCCAUCGCUAUGUGCCUCAACGUCAUCUUGCCGAACCUAUCGCUGGCGUUCUCGUCGGUCACCUUCUAUCAGAUCGCGCGCAUCCUACUGACGCCAACCGUUGCCCUGAUGAACUUUGUUCUCUACAAGGCGACCCUGCCCCGGACCGCCGUCUUGGCUCUUAUCCCGGCAUGCUUGGGCGUCGGAAUGGUAUCUUAUUAUGACUCUCUGCCCACCAAGGAUGAGAAUAUCAAGACCACCUCCACCCUGGGCGUCUUCUUUGCCUUUGCCGGCAUUUUUGCCUCUUCUCUCUACACUGUCUGGAUUGCCAGCUACCACCGCAAGCUCCAGAUGUCGAGUAUGCAGCUUUUGUACAACCAGGCGCCUAUUGCCUCGUUCAUGCUGCUUUACGUCAUCCCCUUCGUCGACACUUUCCCGGACUGGGUUCAUGUGCCUGGCAACCGCUGGCUUAUGAUUGGCAUGUCCGGCGUCUUCGCCUCGCUGAUUAACAUUUCCCAAUUCUUCAUCAUCGCCCAGACCGGACCUGUGUCCAGUACUGUGGUUGGCCACCUCAAGACCUGCACCAUUGUUGCGCUUGGCUGGAUGGUCUCUGGACGAGCCAUUGGUGAUAAGUCAGUCCUCGGAGUCUUCGUUGCCAUUGGUGGUAUCGUCGGGUACUCGGUCGUCAUGCUCCAGCAUCAGAAGGAGCGAAACAGGUAA